UGCUCGCCCACCGCCGAGGGAAGCGCCUUGUUAGCAGGUCGCGGUCCUGGAGGGGCGGCUGAGUGCGACGUCUCAACGACAGCGGCCCGGGGCUGUCAGGGCAGCACGAUCGGGGCGGGGUGCCCCGUUUUCGGCCUGGCUGACUGGAGUAAGGAACUACAGCCCCCGAAGUGCAUUGCGCGGCCGGGGUGCGGGUGUCAGUGACCACCCACCUUGGAGCCAUGGUCCAUGCCUUCCUCAUCCACACCCUGAGGGCCCCACGUGUUGAGGACAUGGGCCUUUGCCGAGUGCUCUACUCUUGCGUCUUUGGUGCUGAGAAGUCACCUGAUGACCCGCGGCCACAUGGUGCUGAGAGGGACAGGCUCCUCCGCAAGGAGCAGUUGUUGGCGGUGGCCAGGCAGGUGGAGUCAAUGUGCCAGCUGCAGCAGCAGGCAUCUGGCCGGCCCCCCAUGGACCUGCAGUCCCAGUCCUCAGAUGAGCCAGUGCCCCUGCACGAGGCCCCAUGCGGGGCCUUCCGCCUGGUGGCAGGUGACCCUUUCCAGGAGCAGCGGACCGUGGUGUGGCUGGGCGUGCUCUCAUUAGGCUUUGCUCUGGUGCUGGACACCCACGAGAACCUGCUGCUGGCUGAGGGCACACUCCGGCUGCUGGCACGCCUCCUUGACCACCUCCAACUACUGGCUCCUGGCACCAACCUCCUGCUGCGGGCUGAUCGCAUCGAGGGCAUCCUCACCCGCUUUCUGCCUCAUGGUCAGUUGCUCUUCCUCAAUGACCACUUCAUCCAAGGCCUGGAGAGGGAAUUCAGUGCUGCCUGGCCCCGCUGAUUCCCUUCUGGGAUGGGACUUUUGAGAGAGCAAGGACGAAGGGCAGAGGUUAGACACGCAGCCAGGUGAAGCUUGGCAUCCGCCUCCUGUCCAACCUGCUUCCAGCUCUGAUGUGCUGCCACACCCAGGACAAGUGGGUGAGAUAAGCUGGCAGCAAGGAGGCUGAAGUGGGGGUGCCGUGUCUGUCCUCAAGUUAGUGCAACUGCAGAACGUCUUGAGUCUAGAGCUGCCAUGUGACUUACUUGGACCCCUGCCUUAUGGCAGCCAUACCUGUCUUUGAUCCCACCUUCCUCAUCCCACUUCCCAGCUGCUAGUGCUGGGGUGAGGAGGAGCUGCCUGGAACUAGCCCACCUUUGGGAACUAUUCCCAAAGCACAGUCAUGCCACACAAAAAGGGUCUCAGGGACUCCCCUCAGAAUUGGGAAGCUGUGCCUGCACACUGGCAGGCCUGGCCCCUGCCCUUUUGCCCACUAAGGCAGUGUCAUCAACAGGAUUUUGUGGGUGAGGGCCUGCCCAGUGUUCCGUCCAACCACAGUUCACACAUGCAUCAGGUGUUCAGCAGGAAGUCUCUGCAUCUCCUUUUGUGCCAAGCCUAUGCCCACUGGGCAGGCUUGAGGUAAGAUCAUCAUGGGCUUCCCUCAUCUGCAGGGAGAGAUGGUGCCAUCAGGUAAAUGCAGGAAGUCUGGCCUCAUCAUCUUUCUCACUUUGCAUUAAAGGCACUGGCUGUGUUA